AUGCCUGCUACUCGACUGCCCGUCAUACUUGCUGGUCCGCCCUUGAGUGACCGGGAGGCCAUCGCUGAUGCCGUCUACCGCACUACGGCCUCUAUUGACCACGCCGACGAAGAGCUUUACUGGUCGGCCGUGACCGAUGACAUAUAUGCUGAAGUCGCCGGCACAACAGUCAGCAGCGCGCAAGAAUUAAAGACCAAAGUUUGGGACAAUGUCAUCAAAGUCGACACCAUCCACUACCUGAGCAAUAUUCGCAUUAGCAUCGAUACGCCAACAACAGCCCGUGUGACAUUCACGUCCCUCGCUCAGCACUGCCGCCACGGUAAAGGGUUUGAGCCUGGCCCUAACAAGUUCACCACCGGCGCAAUCUUCAACUGUGACGCCGUCAAAGUUGGUGAUAUUUGGAAGAUGAAGUCGUGGAAGGCGAACCAUGUCUGGGGCGAUGGUGACCCGUCCGUCAUGGUUGUUUAG